AUGAAGCCUACCACCAUUGUCUCUAUCAUCGCCGGAUUCGCCGCUACAGCCAAUGCUGGUUGCUACUCUGGCGGUGAGCCGUGGGGUGACAAGGCUACUGCCCUUGCAAAGGCUGAGCAGGCUUGCAGAGAAUCUCUGACUGGCACCUACGGAAGCUCGGGAUCUGGCAAUGGCCACCGACACCGCUGCAUUAACGCCAAUAACAAGGCGUUGAACUUUGAAAUCUGGCAUGUAAAGGGAGGUGAUCGAAACUUGGCCUUGGCCGAAUGCAAGGACGGCCUCCAGAAAGAGGUCAACGGCUGCAACACUGGCGGCGACACCACCUAUACCAACUGGCGCUACAAGGGAGACCCUAACGCGGGAAACUGCUAG